AUGGAUCCAAUCAAAGAAAAUUUUCAAGGCACACCUACUCCCCACCCACCCGGCGGAAACAAUGCGAUGUUGAAGCGUCUCCGGGGCAGUGGAUCAAGCGGUCGAAAUCGACCUGGUUCUAGAGCUCGCUAUGCGCACCAAAACGAUGGUACUCCUACUGCACCGGCACGUCACCAAACGCCCUCUACGAAUGACUUUCCACCAUUGGGUUUUAAUGCUAUGCAGGAUGGGAGUGUGUUUGGAAAUGUGAGUGGAAGUACGACUAUUAGACCGUCUAUUACUGGUAUCCUAGCCAGACCCACUGGUGGGACGAAUGCAAGAGAAGGAAACAACUUGGGAGGUGGCAUUGGCAUGGGGAUGAACCAACAAGCUAUCAACCGACGAGUCUUGAGAGCGAAAUCUAUCUCGGCGAAUUAUUCCGUUCCCACUGGAGAAUUCAUGGGUGGUAAGAAGGGAGAAAUGUCACAAGAUGGAGCUGAAAUCUCAUCCUCCACAGGACCUCAUCAAUUCUCUCGUCGUGGAAACCAAGUUCCUGCUCGUUCUGACGCAAGUGGCACUUCGACACGAACUAAUAGGGUUGUCGCUGCAUAUCAGGCUGCAAACUCCGCACCAAACCCACUUGCUAUGGCACAAGCAGCGGGAACGUCCCUUACUCAUCGAAGCGAUGCCUAUGAAGUUGGAAAGAACUUCGAUCGUCUCCGAAUCCAAGGUAAUCAUCUUGGCCUGACAACAUCACUAUACUUUCCCAAAUCCACCGAGGACUUGGUUAAGCAUCGAGAGGAGCGAAAGAAUGACGCGAGGGACGAAAUGAACGAGCGCAUCAGAAACAAAGAGGAGGUCAUGAGAAUGAAGAGCGAAGGAACUUAUGUCAAGGUCAAGCCUGCUUUCAGAGGAAGAGCAUUCAGUGACGAAUUGUCAACCGUGCUCGCUCGGAACACCAUUUGGGGACAUCCUAGCAUGGAUGAGGAGUCAACUGUACGAGCAGACUGGCCAACUUUGGCGGAUCUCAAACAAGCUGGAAUGAGAAAGGCGGGGCUGCCUUCUCCAAAAUACAACGCUGGAUAUGAUAACGGGAUGGCGGGCGAGGAAGUUGCAUCGUUCGCGAUAGACAGAGUUGGAUCUCGUGGAAGAAGAGCAGAUGAGGACGCCGUGAUUGAAGAAGAGGAAAUCAUGGAGAUCGGCGGGAUGAAGACUCUUUUCGACGCUAUUGAUGGAUAA